AUUAAGUUUAUACCGUGGUUUGGAGCCUGUUCUAACAAGCUUAUGCUGUUCCAACUUUGUAUAUUUUUAUGCCUUUCAUGGUCUGCGAACAUUGGUUAAAUCUGAAAGCACUGGCUACAAUGCUCUAAGGGAUUUAACUGUUGCUAGCAUUGCAGGCAUUAUAAAUGUAGUUUUAACUACACCUUUAUGGGUUGCAAAUUCACGGCUGAAAAUGCAAGGUGCUAAGAUCUCUACUGAAGAUAGAAAACAUUUAGGAAAGCAUCCAACAUACAAUGGAAUAUUAGAUGCCUUGAUCAAAAUAUCUGCCACAGAGGGAUGGACUUCUUUGUGGAGCAGUAUGGUUCCAUCAUUAAUAUUAGUGACAAAUCCUGCAAUUCAGUUUACUGUAUAUGAAUCUUUAAAGACAGAAUUUCCAAAACUCAUAGGUCAACAGGAGCUAAAUGCUCUUUCCUUCUUCUUUCUUGGAGCAUUAGCCAAAGCUGUUUCUACCGUUAUAACAUAUCCAUUACAAGUGAUCCAGAUGAAAUUAAGAUACGGGUCUGAAACAAUAAAGAAAUUAACAAUGCUUCAAAUAUUUUCCUACAUUAUAAGGACAAAUGGUGUGAAAGGUCUGUACAAAGGUCUUGAAGCAAAACUUUUGCAAACUGUUCUCACUGCUGCUCUUAUGUUUCUAUGUUAUGAAAAAAUUGCAGCUUUUGUGUUUCACAUCAUGGGUUUGUCACAUCCAUUACGCAAUGCAAGAGCUGCAUAAAAUUACAGUAUUUUCCUUCUAAAGGCAUUGAAAGUCAUUAUGUGAUUUUUCAGAGGGAUUUCUAUUAUGGCUUCAUUCAUAAUAAUGAGAAUCUACUUAGUUCAAGUUCUUUAAAUUUUUUUUCCUUAUUCCUCUCUUUCAGAAAGGCAAUAAUUUUGUGGGAAUUUCAAUAUCCGAGUCUGUUUUUGAUUUUUUAUGAAAAAAAUGUAUGAAAAUUUUAUGCAGAAGAGUAUAUAUGACAGUAUAAUUCAAAAUUUUAUUAUGAUAUCUAUUUCAUCAUACUUGUCCUAUAAAUUUGUAUAGUAAUCAUUUAAAGGAUGUUCUGGCCAGAAGUUUAAAAAUUCUGAUUUCAACGUAGGAAAUGUAAUAUUAUGGUACCUAUAUUAUGAGAAUAACAUGACUCUUGUAAAUAUGCUUAUGCAUAUUAAAAAUGAAAUAACUGGUAUUGCAUUAUAUUUGAUAUGAAAGUGAUUAAAUCAAUAAUUUGAGGGUACUCCCAGUAUUGAUGGAUAUUAUUUUAAUUGCAUUUAAGGCAUUAAGAACAGAAAUCUAGCUAAUUAAAUUCCACUCCAAAGAAAUCAUACGUAGUGAGAGAACACAAGUAUUCUGCAGAAUGCAGUGUAGUAAGCACUUCUGUGGUAUAUUUAGUGACAUGGCAUUUGAGUAUUUUCCCUGAUUAUUAUAUUAUAAAAAAUCAAAUCCUCUAAAAUUGAACAAAUGAACCUUUUUAGUUUUAUGUUGUACUAUUGAAUAACUUGGUCAUGAAUCUCAGUUUAUUUUUUAAACUGUUAGCUUAAUUUUAAUUAAGAUAGUUCAAAAUUGUGAUACUGUUUGUCAUAUUUAAAAAUGUUGCAUAUAUUUACACUUUUUGAAACUAAGCAACUGCAUUUAAAUUACUGUCUGCAGUUUUAAUUAUUUAUUUUCUUUUUUUAACUUAUAUGAGUAUGAAAUGUAAGAAAACAAAACUGAUGAUAGAAAACUUAUCUUUAAAUGUUGUCCCACCUGCAAAUUUAGUAAAUUUUAAAUGAAGAAAUGUGUAAAUUAAUAAAAUGUAACAAUUUUUCUAUGGCUAUUAAUGAUGCAAUUUGGUGUUUUAAUACUGUAGCUUUAAUAUUGUAUUUUUGUACAUAAUAGCUAUUUAUAAUAUUUAUAUGUACAUAACUAAUCUGUUAAAUAUAUUUUCUGUUGCUUAGAAUUAUGAUACAAUUUAUGCAUUUGUUUAUUAGCAAAGGGGGAAUAUAAAAGUUUCAUCUUUUUUUAAAUGGGUUCAGAAGAUAUUAUAAAUUUUAUUAAUGUUCACAUGCCUUUCAUUGGUGACUAUAGUGUUAUGAUAUAUUUUGUACUGAUAUGUGUACAAUUACUGUAAAUUAUGACCUGGGAAAAGUAUGAUUUUUAUUCAAUAUAUUUUAAAAUCUGUGUAUAAAUUAUGGUUCUAAAAACUUAAGAUAAAUAAUGUACUUUGUGAGAUUUGCAAGAUUAGUUUGAUGAUUUGUGCUGUUGUAAAUAAAGUGUUAGUGAUAUACUAACACUUUAUUUACAACAGCACAAACCGAGAAUUACAAUAGCACAAAUCAAGAAUUACAACAGCUCAAAUUGAGAAAUACACGAGAAUUUUUACAAAAGUGGUAUAAAAGCUUCUACUCUGGUAUUAUUUAUAAUGAAAUUUAAUAUAUCUUUUCUAUGGAGUUUAAAUUUAACCAAAUUAAAAUUUAAUUUUUAACAAAUAUGUAUAAAAGUAAAAAAGCAAAUUUAAAUCCUAAAAAAAGAAAUUAGAUAACGAGUUUAAAAUUAAAACAAAACUAUUAGAAAAAGAAAGUUGUUUUUAAUUAAAAAAGAGAAACAAACCAGGUAAUUAGCGCUAAAGCUGCUGAGUACAAACAAAAUUGUUUCAUAAGAAUAAACUGAAUUUAAUU